AUGUCUGGUAUCCCAGUCCCUUUCAGCGACAUCGCCAAGCCAGCGAACGAUCUCCUCAACAAGGACUUCUACCACACCACGGCUGCAAAUCUCGAGGUCAAAUCGAAGGCCCCGAAUGGUGUUGUCUUCAACGUCAAGGGGAAAUCCGCCCACGAUGGUCCAAUUUCUGGCUCGGUGAGCACCACGAUAUCAAGAUCCAACUUCAGAAUAUCACAUAUUAACGGCAGCGGAAAGAUUGAAGGCAAAUACACCGACAAGGCCACUGGUAACCCUCACCAUCCUACCCUCGCCGCAAUCGCUUGGACCCUCGAGUCCUCUCUUAUCUCUCAACCAAUGCUAACUUGGAGCUAUUUAGGCCUGGCCCUGACUCAGACAUGGACAACUUCCAACAGCCUUGAUACCAAGCUUGAGCUUGAGGACAACCUCACCAAGGGACUGAAGGCUGAGGUUCUCUCCAACUACUUGCCCGCGAAUAGUACCUACGGUGGAAAGUUCAACCUCCUGUACAAGCAACCAAACAUCCACACUCGAUUGUUCACCGACCUCUUCAAAGGACCUACUGCCACCUUUGAUGUAACCCUUGGCCACGAAGGUUUCUUAAUUGGCGCAGAAGGUGGAUAUGAUGUUGGCAAGGCUGCAAUCACCAAAUAUGCUCUUGCAGCAGGAUACAGCCAGGGUUCCUAUGCUGCUGCAGUCACUGCCACCAACAACUUGACCAUCUUCUCCGCAAGCUACUACCAUAAGGUCAAUGCCGAAGUCGAGGCUGGUGCAAAGGCCACUUGGGACUCGACCGCCGGUAGUAAUGUUGGUCUCGAGGUUGCUACAAAGUACAAGCUCGACCCCAGCUCUUUCGCAAAGGCCAAAAUUAAUGACCGUGGUAUCGCUGCUCUUGCCUAUAACGUCAAGCUCGGAACUGGUGUUACCCUGGGCCUAGGUGCCUCGUUGGACACUCAAAACCUCAACCAAGCGGCCCACAAAGUUGGUGCCUCAUUCACGUUUGAAGGAUAA